CUCUCUUCCUGUGUUACCGCCCUUGGGGUUAGAAAGAAAGAGAGCAUCAGUGAAGCCUUCGUAUUCAUUGGAACAGUACAGUAAGUAACUAGCUAGAGUCAUUUGAUAGGUAGCGCCUUCUGGAGUGAACUGAAGACGUGUGGACUGAAUUUGCCCAGUCGCUGUAGUUUCAGCAGGUUACCUGCCCCUAGGCGCGACACUUGGACCCAGAGGAACACAGACAGACAUCCCGGUCCCCAGUCUGCAGUAGGUGUAGCAGAGAGAGAGCAUGGCGCUGUCGUUUAAGAAAGACUUGGAGAAGUACAAGGAGAUUGACGAGGAUGAGAUCCUUAACAACCUGUCAGAGCAGGAACUCAAACAACUGGAGACCGCUCUGGAGGAGAUGGACCCAGAGAAUGCAUUGCUGCCAGCGUCGAUGCGUCAGAAGGACCACACAGUGAAAGCAGCCACCGGCCCCUACAGCAGAGAGAAACUCCUCAGUUAUCUGGAGAAGGAGGCUCUGGAGUAUAAAGACAGAGAUGACGUAGUGUCAUUCACUGGAGAGAGGAAAGGUAUGGUACCUGGUGUGUGUUGAGACGGUCUACAGUGU